UGCCAGCACCUGGGCAGGGAGGAGGAACAGAAAAUAAAGCACAAAAAAGGGAAGGUGACACAGUAAACAGCACUGACAUCAGAGGAAGGCACGGGACAGAGAGCAGACAAAGAGAAAAGGAUUUUGGCAGGGUUUUUCUUCUUUUUCUUCUGUUUUUAAUCCUGCUUUCCGGAGGAAAAUGGGGCAGCAGUUCACCAACGCUGAAGGGGAGCAAGGGGAGAUUGAUGUUGCAGAGCUGCAGGAAUGGUACAAGAAGUUUGUGGUGGAAUGUCCCAGUGGGACCCUCUUCAUGCACGAGUUCAAGAGGUUCUUCGGGGUCCAGGACAACCAGGAGGCAGCAGAGUAUGUGGAGAACAUGUUCAGGGCUUUUGACAAGAAUGGGGACAACACCAUUGAUUUCCUGGAGUACGUGGCUGCCUUGAACCUGGUUUUGAGGGGGAAGCUGGAGCACAAGCUGAGGUGGACGUUCAAAGUGUACGACAAGGAUGGCAACGGCUGCAUAGACAAACCUGAGCUGCUGGAAAUCGUUGAGUCCAUCUACAGGCUGAAGAAGGUGUGCUGGUCGGACGUGGAGGACAGGACCCCGCUGCUGACCCCGGAGGAGGUGGUGGACAGGAUAUUCCAGCUGGUGGAUGAGAACGGGGAUGGGCAGCUGUCCCUGGACGAGUUCAUUGACGGCGCCAGGAAGGACAAGUGGGUGAUGAAGAUGCUACAAAUGGAUGUGAACCCCGGCAGCUGGAUCACCGAGCAGAGGAGGAAGAGUGCUUUGUUCUGAGAGAAUUGGCUCUGGCACGGCUGCGAUGGCGAUGCUGAGUCCCAGGGGUGACCCUUCCUCCCUCUAGCCUGGUAAUGACUUUCAUUUUAAUUCCAUCUCAGCAUCCAGAUGCAAAUCUGAGUGGUUUCAGAAGCCAUCUCUGCUGUCAACCCCACGUGCUGGGCACUGCUGGUACCCAGGGGCUAUUUCUGGCCCAUGAAUAACCCUUGCUGUGCACACAAUCCCGUGUUUGCCAGCUCUGCGUUCUGGUUACACCCCAAGGAACAAACUCUGGAGGCAGAUCCUGAGCAGGGCUUGGGGCUGGCAGUGGGGAUGGAGCCUGAGUGCUGUCCCAGAGCAGCCUGGCCAUGGCUCAGCCCUGCAGGGCAGCACGGGCAGCUCUGGAUGCUCAGGGGGCUCUGUUGAUGCUCAGGGGUCUCUGUGGAUGUUCAGGGGUCUCUGUGGAUGUUCAGGGGUCUCUGUGGAUGCUCAGGGGGGCUCUGUGGAUGCUCAGGGGUCUCUGUGUGUGAUUUGCAGCCUUUACUGCUGCUCAUGUCCAACAUAACCCCACCAGAAAUGCGAUUUGGGUGUGAGCAGUGGCCAGGGCAGCACACAGAGCUGAGGGAAACAACCUCAGGGCUGGGCAGGAGCAGCAGCAGCUCCUUCCUGCCCCUCCUGGGGACCAGAGGCUGCUCCUUCUGCCUGCCCUGAGCCCGAGGGGCUGAGGGAUGCUGGCUCCAAACUCUGGCAUUUCCCAGCCCCACUCAGAGCUCAGAGCAGCCCGGGUGGGUCUCAGUUCCUCCCAGCCCCUGGUUCUGGGGAAUCCUCACUGGAGCAGCCUCUCCUGCCCUGGGAAGGGUGGAUGAGCCCCGGGAGCCCCAGGAUUUUCACUGCUCUGGGAACAGUUUGGAGUGGGAGCAGAGGUGAGGGAAGAGCAGGGCUGUGCUCGGCAGUGUCUCUGCAAUGGGAGGAUUUUUGCUGCUCCAUUGGCAGGACCACAGAAUCAGAAGUCAUGGAUGGUUUGGGUUGGGAAAAACCUGAAAACUCCCUGAUGUCCAAGCCCCCUGCCCUGGGCAGGGAUGCCACAUCAGGUUGCUCCAAGCCCUGUCCAAACUGGCCUUGAAAAGUGGGAAAAGUGACAAAAAUUCCAGUACAGUGGUUUUACACUGGACUUCAUUUAGCCCCAGAUAUAGAAUUUACACCAGUUGCAGGCUGAGCUCUGCUGUUCUAACCCAUGUUCCUACAUAGAUGUAUGUGGGAAAAGGUUUGGGGUUGAAUCAAUAUUUUGGUUCACCUUUAUUGGAUUUACUGGUUCAUUCAAAAGAGGAAAACCCCCCAGGAAAAUAACAUGAGCUUGUCUGUUCCAUCUGAAUUUUCCUAUGGGAUCAGUGGGCCAGGUCAUCCCAAUGAAAAGAUUUACAACCCCUUUUUUGUGGCCUUUAAUUAGGACUGUAGUAGCUGUCAUUAGCUGAUUAGUGUGCUGGUUUGUGGUCUUGUCAGUUUAGCCAGUGUUUAAAUUCCAUGGGGAAGUGCUCAGCAUCAGACACAAUCAGUGCAGGAGUUCAGAUUGUGCACAUUUCCACUUUGAAACAGCCUUUCUAUGAGUUCUCUGUAAAUACUGAGCACUUUGUGCUGUGCUGACUUAUCAGGGCUGAUUACACUUGUGCUUUCUGCUGCUCGGAGGCAGCUGCUCAAAGCUCUCUCUGGUCAAUAGUUCAUCAGCUCAAGAUCUGAGAGAAAAAUCUGACUUCUGGCUUGAGAGCCUGGAUGAAAACAUCCACAUUUAUUGAUUUUCCAGCUUGUGAAAAAAUGUUUUCAUUGCAGGGUACAAAUCUCUAAGAAUUCCUUACAUUUCAGCAUCUCAGCCCAGGUAAUGCCCCCUGCUCCUUGCACGGAUUUAGAGAGGCUGUUUAGUUCAUAGAAUUGCAUUUUGCUGCUUCACUGAAAUGCUUCAAAUUCUGCAAUUCUGCUCACCUGGCCAGCCCAGGCUCUGCAGGGGCUGCUUGGGGACCCAGCAGCCCUCCCUGGUGAGCCCUUGUACAGAUGUUGGUAGAAGUUUUGUAAAA